CCCUAAUUAUAUAUUUAUCUCACACUCUUCUUCAUAAAACACAUAUUUCUCUCUUUUACAAGAUUCAUCCAUCAUGGCUAUGGCUUUCAAGAUGGCGACGACGGGAAUGUGGGUGACAGAUGAAUGUAAGAAUUCGUUUAUGGAGAUGAAAUGGAAGAAAGUUCAUCGAUACAUAGUGUUUAAGAUUGAUGAAAAAUCGAAACUAGUGACUGUUGAUAAAGUUGGUGGUGCCGGUGAAGGCUAUUCUGAUCUCGAAGCUUCCUUGCCCGACGAUGAUUGCCGCUACGCUGUCUUUGAUUUCGAUUUUGUCACCGUUGAUAAUUGCCAUAAGAGCAAGAUCUUCUUCAUUGCAUGGGCUCCAAGUGCAUCAAGAAUAAGAGCAAAAAUGCUAUAUGCAACAUCAAAAGAUGGAAUAAGGAGAGUGUUAGAUGGUAUCCACUAUGAACUCCAAGCAACAGAUCCAACUGAGAUGGGUUUUGAUGUCAUUCAAGAUAGAGCCAAAUAAUUAUAUCGAAGUGGUUACUUGCUAAUAAAGACCUUUUAAUCUUAAUUAGACCCAAACUUAUGUGGGAAUUUCUAAUCAUUUGCUUAUGUCUUAGCCAAUUUAAUGAAAUGUCCAAAAUAGUACUUUUGUUAAAUUGGCUAUAAAAUAGUUUCUCAACGAACUAAAGGAAGUAUUUUUAAUCAAGUUGGUUAGAACUUCAGAAA